UUACCUAUUAACUGGAUGUUCUUGGAAGCAGCUGCUGAGCACACCUCGCUCAACCUUUGCAUAACAUUUCUCCAUUUCAUAGGGAAGGCAGCAGAAAAUGUGGCUAAGGUCGAUGUGAAAUGUGCGAGCCACGGAGAUCUACUCUGACAGGUGACCAGAUCCAUAUGUAACUACAGCAAGAGGUCUGUGGCUCAUAUUUCAUUGCAUGCAUAAACCGCUUACGAUACCAGCACCAUUCACCUGGUACUGAACUGAGGCCUCCCCCCCAGUCACUCAACCUUGCCGCCAAGCGGCGCUCUGAAAGUUAAACUCCUCACUAGUCAACAGACAACUAACUCCCUCAUCUGGGGAGAUGCCAGCCCUACAACAGCACUUCUGAAUCCCACAGUGGCUUUAAUUAGAUGAAGGCAAUAUAACACGAACCACUGAAAAGGGCCAGCUUCAAUUAAAAGGAGUUCAAGGGUCUGCUGGAUCUUGUAGAAAGAGAGUGACAUAUGUGUUUGACACGCCUGCAGUCCAUGGUUUCACGCUUGAGUUAAUGGUACCGCAGAGCAAGAGAAAAGCCUCAUUCAUCAAGAAGCAAACUGAACUACAAAGUGGAGGUCUCUUUCUAGAAGAGACUGCACAAAUAAGAGGCAAAGCUAAAUGGAACCAUCACUAAAUGGCACAGCUUUACCAACAGCAGCAACAAAUGACACUUUGACAGCCAAACAGACUGGUCACAGCUGGGAGUUCUUCGUGGCCGUCCUCAUCGCAGCCAUCUUGGUCACUGUUAUUAUUGCCAUUACGGCUAAAUAUCAGGUGUUUCGGCGCUUCCUGGCGAGCUACAGACACACACGUCUGACGGAGAGUGAUUCUAUUAGCCACUGUGACCCAUCAGGCCUGGAAGUGGGGUUUACCAUGCAUGGAGCACAUGGAAUGCACCCUCACUGUAUGCCUCCAGUGAGCGAGGAGGAUGACGACGGCUUCAUUGAGGACAACUAUAUCCCGACAAGUGAGAGACAGAGGGCCGAGAGAGCGGCCGAGAACAUAGAAGAGGACACGGAGGAAGAGAUUUAUGACAGCGAGUUUAGCAUUGGUUAGAAGGGAUGUCUCCACACCUUCUGAACCACUGUUCUGGUAUUUGGGCCAGAAUUGAGCUAUUCGUUUCACUCCAUCUGAUCCUUUUCCAAUGGUUUUCAUCGUUUCUAUCUCAAAAACUGAUCCUUGGUUAACAACUGAUUGCGUACAUAAAGAUAAAAAAAAAUUCCAUUAUUUCUGGAAAGUUUGGAAAGGAAUAUCCUGAUGUCAAGCGCAUUAUCAUGGCAGUAGUUCUCAGUGUGGGAGAACAUUUCAACAUGUUCUUAUGGGAAUAGCCUCGCAUUAAAAACACAAAUCAUGGAUUUUUGAAAAUGUACUUGAACAAAAAUAUCUCCCAUAAAAAAAUAGUAAAUUUUGUUUAAAAAACCCAAACCCAAACAAAAUGUAAGUAUACCUUAAAAAAACAAAAAAACAACUUGGGUACACCUUUUUAAAAAAGGAAUUACACCUUUGUUUUUUUGUUUUGUUUUUAAAAAAAGGAAGUAUACCCUGUUAAAAAAAAGAAAGAAGAAAAAAGAAAAAUAGGAAGUACGCCUUCAGGUUCAGAAGCUACUAUUAUCCCUGUUAGCAGGGAUAGUUAGCGUUUUUCAUAAUUGUUCACCAGUCUCUGAUAUCAGCUUGGUACAAUUUUCUUGAUCACUUGUCCUUUUAAAAUUCUCAGUUACCUCAGCAUCAUUUCAAAGAUUUUUUCCCCAUUCCAGAACUCCAUUUAUUUCUCUGAGGUCUAUUCCCCCUUUACUCAAAUGGCCUCAGGUCAUAGCUGAAUCAGUGACUGAUCAGUGACAAGCUGCCUAAUUUGUGAGGCCUUAGUGUAACACAGUAUAGAUGUACAGCUUCCUCUCAUGCCUCUCAUGCAAAGCUGCAUUUGGUUUGGGAAACAUAGCCAAGGCAGUUUUUCUUUAGCUGAUUAACUGAUUACUUGAUUUGAUUUGAUAGCACUGAUUUUGGCAAUUAAUCGUAUACUGAUGCAUAGCCAUAGUUAAGUAAGACUGACAACAAGAGCAUACAUUGCUUUGCUCAGUGAGUGUACUUUAAGUACCAUGCACUGUAUAACACCGUUUUCUUUUAAAAUGUUUUUUUUCCCUGACUUUCAUUGUAAUAAUUGUAUGGUUUUGGAUGUUGCCUUACAAGAACAUUACAAGAAGAGUCAUAUCAUUCAUUUGUGCUGUUACGGUACAUUAUUAUUAUUAUUAUUAUUUUUUUCUGCAACAGUACAUUUUUUUUAAUUAAAUUGUACUGCAGCUCACAUAUAGCAUAAGCAGUACUUGCAGUUACUUUUCAGCCUUUUGAAUCCUGUUUUUUAAGAAACUACACUGAGAUUUGUACACAAAUUCAGUUAGACCUCAAUAAAUAUCUACCUGUAAGUGAAA